AUGGAUAUUCGUCAAAAUCCGGCAAUUCAUGUUGGUGCAAGUGCACGUCGGCUAACAGCCCAAGAUAUGCUAUUAAGCAGCUUCUCCUGGCUGGAUGAGUUUCAGAAGGCUCGAGGAGGUGUGAAAAAACCUCAGGUGCUUUUACGUCCUAAGUGGAAACCUGAUGAGCAUGGUGCUCUUAAAUUGAACGUGGAUGCUGCGUUCUUAUCAUCAACAACUAAGGGAGGUGUUGGAGGAGUCUUACGGGAUGCCUCAGGAAGAUUUGUCGCAGCCUUUGCUAGUCCAGUUGGACAUGCUGCGUCUCCGAAGCAAUGUGAGCUCAUGGCCAUUCGGGCUGGUCUUGAUUUACUGGUCUCCCUCCAAGUGCAACAGGUGGUGGUGGAAAGUGAUAGCACAAUGGCCAUUGCCGAGGCUCUAUGUUCUGAUUACACACUAUUAGCUAAUGGAGGAUUAAUUGAUGACAUACGAUGUUCCAUGCAGAAAAUCCCAAGCAUCUGUCUUGAGUAUCAGCCACGAUCCUCCAAUAUGGUGGCACAUAGGCUUGCUGGCAUUGGGUUUGAAACUGGUAACAGUUGUGUAUGGCUAGGUCUAGCACUUGCUUGUAUUCGUGAUGUUCUCAAUCACGAUUAUCAGUACCUCUAUUGA